CACACACACACAUACACACACACACACACACUACAGUUUAUCCACGUUGCCUAUUCACGCUCCAUUCAUUAGUUAAUCACAUGCUCUUUGUCAGACAAAAAUGUCCCAAUUAUGCAGCUGCUCUUAGCAUUUUGCUGACUUGUUGGGCAACAGACAAGCGCAGUCAGUCUUUCAGGAGACGGCGGAGUGGAGACGCUGCUGCUCAUAUUUUAGGAGGUGAACAGCGCAUCCCAGUGGUAGCCAUGGUCGGGGCCCCGUCACUCCACCAAGCGGCGACUCUCCUCUGGUUCUGGACAGUGGCUGUUGGGAUGCCAGACCUGACCAGGCGGGACCAGCUGAUGCGCCAGGAAGCCAGCCGACAGACGGGAGGCAAGGUGGCGCUCACUCCAGCCGAGCGUAGGCUGGAUGCCAAGCUUCACCAAAUGAAAGAGCAAGAGAUGUCAGGUGACGUCUUCCCACCUGCCCUCCACUUCUUUAAGGCCAAGCCUUUCAUCCAGAGAAGCUCCAUCUUCAAGUUGCUGCAGGAAAUGCCCAAAGGCGCCGCCCUUCACGUCCACAGUUCCACUCUUGUGAGCGUGGAAUGGCUGGUGAAGAACGUGACGUACCGGCCGCACUGCUACGUCUGCUUUACGUGGGACAACUCUGUGCGCUUCAUCUUCUCCCAGCGACAACCUUUCCCACGCUGGGACUGCUUCCACUGGCAGCUGCUGCACACCCUCAGGGCCAAGAACGCAGACCCGGCUGCCUUCGACACCAGCUUGAUGCGGCAUCUAACGCUGGUCACUGAAGACCCCGAUGGCGACUACCCAAACCAGGACGUUGUGUGGGAGAAGUUUGAGAAGGCCUUCAUUGCUAUGGCCGGCCUGGUCAGGCACGCCCCCGUGCUGAGGGACUACUUAUCUCAAGGCCUUUAUGAGCUCCACCAGGACAACAUCAUGUAUCUGGAACUCCGCAGUGGUCUGUCCAAGGCGUAUGAGCUGGACGGAACGAUCCAUGACAAGAUGUGGACGCUGAGGACAUUCCAGGAAGUCACAAAGAAGUUUGUCAAAGAUCAUCCUGACUUUCUCGGAGUUCGCCUCAUCAUGUCAGUGCACAGAGCUUUGAGUGCCUCUGAGGUGAAAGCGGCAGUGAAGGAGGCCAUUGAGCUGCAGAAGUCGUUCCCUGAUGUGGUUGCAGGAUUUGACCUGGUGGGCAGGGAAGACAGCGGCAGGCCGCUAUGGUACUUCCGGGACGCUCUUUCCCUGCCUGACCAACUGGGCGUCACGCUGCCCUACUUCUUUCACGCGGGAGAGACCAAUGAGGAAGGCACCGAGGUGGAUCAGAACAUUCUGGAUGCGCUCGUAUUCAAUACCAGCCGCAUUGGCCACGGAUACGCACUGGCGCACCACCCGAUCGCUAAGGAGCUCUCCAGGAAAAGGAACGUGGCGGUGGAACUGUGCCCCAUCUCAAACCAGGUGCUGAAACUGGUGUCAGACCUGCGGAACCACCCUGCAGCGGUGCUCAUGUCUGAGGGCCACCCGAUGGUGAUCAGCUCAGACGACCCAUCCAUGUUCGGCACCACAGGCCUGGCGUACGACUUCUAUCAAGCCUUUAUGGGCAUUGGGGGCCUGAAUGCAAACUUGGGCACCCUGAAAGAACUGGCCCUCAACUCCAUCAGGUACAGCUCGCUGCCGGACCAUCUUAAGGACGCGGGUCAGGCCAUGUGGCAGAAGAAAUGGGACGCUUUUGUUUCAGCUCAGCCUUGAGCCACAUGGACCCUUUUUAUGCGGGAACAUUGAGCUUGUGAUGACUGUCGGAGCCAUCCUUGUGGUCAUCUGUUUGAAUUGGACUUGAAGCCCCUACUCGGUAGGAUGACAUAACCACCCGAAAGACAUUUGAUAAAUAAAUCUCCUCUUUUCUAUUUUAAAUAUUGCCAACCACAUAAAGUGUAUGCUAAGCUCACCAACUAAUGGCAGCCGGCAGAGCUGUGUUGGAAUGUAAGACCACGUGACUUGCCACGAGAGUCAUCUAUUGGUUAAUUGAUUUUUUUUAAAUGUUGACUAUCACGCUGCAUUAGAUUGAUCUGAACUCUGUUAAAUUGGGGCUUUAAAAAGGAUUUUAUUUUGAACCCCUGGCCCCAUUCCCAUUACAAAAUGUUUUCACACUUUUUUAAAUUUAUGUAAACUAUUUUGAUACUUUUUUUAAACAAGUUUGUAUUUUAUU